GCGGGGCGGCACGGGGCGGAAAGCGGCGGCGGCGGUUCCGGUGGCAGCGGCGGCGAUGAGCUUCGUGUGGCCGUGGCAGUACAGCUUCCCGCCCUUCUUCACGCUGCAGCCGAACGGCGAGACGCGGCAGAAGCAGCUGGCGGCGUGGUGCGCGCUGGCGCUGGCCUACAGCCAGGAGCACCGGCUGCCCGCCAUGACGGUGCGGGAGGCGCAGGACAUCCCGCUCUUCGCCAACCACCGGCUCCAGCGCAAGCUGCCGCUGGAAUCCAUCCAGGUGGUGCUGGAGGAGCUGCGCAAGAACGGGAACCUGGAAUGGUUGGAUAAGAACAAAACCAGCUUCCUGAUCAUGUGGAAGAGACCAGAAGAAUGGGGAAAGCUCAUCUAUCAGUGGGUGUCCAAGAAUGGCCUGACCAACUCUGUGUUCACGCUGUACGAGCUGGUCAGUGGAGAUGACACAGAGAAUGAAGAGUUCCAUGGCCUGGAUGAGGCCACGCUGCUCCGUGCCCUGCAGGCCCUGCAGCAGGAGCACAAGGCUGAGAUUAUCACUCUGGAUGAUGGCCGAGGAGUCAAGUUCUUCUGAGAGCAGCCUCCUCCUCCCCUUCCCUGCUGCAGUCUGGGCUCUCCCUGCCAAGCCUUCCUCUCUGGGCCUGGCCUCAAGCUGUGACUGCAAGUAGCUGCAUCUCGGGGUGAGAUGAGGCUGAGAACCCUUCCAAAGACUUGGGAAUAUCCUGAGCUCCUCUGUCUGUCUGUUCUCCCUGUUGAUGUGUUCCAGAGGCUGGAGCUGCUCCAGGCAGCUCUGGGAGGGACCACCCACAAGUGGAACUGGACUUGCUGCUGCUCCCUGUGCCUGUGGUGGCCUCCAAGGGUCCCCCCGUGUCCCUGCCAGCCACACGUGCCUGGGUCCUGCAGCCCUGCUGCAGUGCCAGGGGAUGGGGCAGGAGCAGGGGACUGCCUGUGGAAGCCCUCAGUGGCAGAAGGAAAUGCACUUGCUGCCAAGCAGGCUGGGGGAAGCCAGGGAACUCAUUUCAGGUGAUUAAAAUGAGAUGUAUUUAUAGAGCA